AAAAAGACAGAACAAACUUGCAGAAUAGUUGUAUUGACUGACCGAAUUAUUAAUGUAAUUUGAAAUAAGCGGAAAAAAUCGAAUAAAUCUCUACAGUUUCGAUGACUUGCAAUUCGCAGAAACUAAUCAUCGUGUUUUUCUGAAUAGCUGAACUUGAGCGAAUUUUAAUCAUGCACUCUGAGUGUGCAUACUGCGUGUAUUGUUGUAGGUGUGGGGUAAAAUAUAAACAAAGCGUUCCAAAAAACAUAGCGACAUGGACAUCCACCCCCACUUUUUAUAAGGCUUGUUUGAUACACGUGAUAUUGUCAAUGGUUUUAAUUGCAAAUGCGCUUCCGCCAAUAAUUCGAGUGGGUGCCAUUUUCACGGAAAACGAACGAGAGAGUAGCCUAGAAUCGGCGUUUAAAUAUGCGAUAUACCGCAUCAAUAAAGAAAAGGAAAUUUUGCCAAAUACCCAGUUGGUAUACGAUAUUGAGUACGUGCCACGAGAUGACUCCUUUCGAACAACGAAAAAGGUUUGUCGCCAGCUGGACGCAGGGGUUCAAGCAAUUUUUGGUCCCACAGAUUCCCUUCUUGCUGGUCAUGUGCAAUCUAUAUGCGAAGCCUACGAUAUACCUCACAUUGAAGUGCGCAUAGAUUUAGAAUCUAACGGAAAGGAGUUCUCCAUUAACCUUUACCCAUCAUACAACAUCCUAACCAUGGCAUAUCGAGAUUUAAUGAUGUAUCUCAAUUGGACGAAAGUAGCAGUUAUUUAUGAAGAGGAUUAUGGUCUUUUUAAUUUGAUGCACUCUUCAACGGAGUUGAGAACUGAAAUGUAUAUAAGACAAGCAAGUCCGGAUACGUAUCGGCAAGUUUUGCGAGCAAUUCGUCAAAAAGAGAUUUACAAAAUAAUAGUCGAUACAAAUCCAGCCAAUAUAAAACAAUUUUUUCGCUCAAUAUUGCAACUUCAAAUGAACGACCAUCGAUAUCACUACAUGUUCACAACCUUUGAUCUUGAAACUUAUGACCUGGAAGAUUUCAGAUACAAUAGUGUAAAUAUUACGGCCUUCCGAUUAGUUGAUGUUGGAAGUAAGCGUUAUUUGGACGUCAUUGAACACAUGCAAAAACUACAACAUAGUGGGCUAGACCUAAUCCAUGGACAACCGUAUUUAAAGACCGAGGCAGCUCUUAUGUUCGAUUCGGUUUACACUUUUGCCGCCGGAUUGCAGUCGUUGCAUUCAGAUAGUGGUCUUGCCUUGACGUUUAAGAACCUAUCCUGCAGCUCCGAUCAAACCUGGGGAGAGGGUCUCUCCCUUUAUAAUUAUAUAAAUUCAGCUACAGUUGAUGGCUUAACCGGCAAUGUAAACUUUAUAGAAGGACGUCGGACUAAAUUUAAAAUAGACAUAUUAAAAUUAAAGCAGGAACAAAUUCAAAAAGUCGGCUAUUGGGAGCCCGACAGAGGCGUAAACAUAUCAGACCCAACAGCAUUUUACGACUCGAAUAUCGCAAACAUAACUCUGGUGGUUAUGACUCGAGAAGAAAGGCCGUAUGUUAUGGUAAAGGAGGACGCCAAUCUAACUGGAAACGCUAGAUUUGAGGGAUUUUGUAUUGACUUGCUGAAGGCCAUUGCUCAGCAGGUGGGGUUCCAGUACAAAAUUGAACUUGUGCCGGAUAAUAUGUAUGGGGUUUACAUACCAGAAACCAAUUCUUGGAACGGUAUUGUUCAGGAACUGAUGGAAAGACGGGCUGAUCUGGCCGUCGCCUCUAUGACUAUCAACUAUGCACGUGAAAGUGUUAUAGACUUUACCAAGCCAUUUAUGAACCUGGGUAUUGGAAUUCUGUUUAAGGUUCCAACAAGUCAACCCACCAGACUGUUUUCCUUUAUGAACCCGUUGGCCAUUGAGAUAUGGCUGUAUGUGCUAGCUGCUUAUAUAUUAGUAUCCUUCGCGCUUUUCGUCAUGGCCAGAUUCUCGCCCUAUGAGUGGAAAAACCCCCACCCGUGCUACAAGGAAACGGAUAUUGUGGUGAACCAGUUUACCAUAUCGAACAGCUUUUGGUUCAUUACUGGAACAUUCUUGCGCCAAGGCUCAGGACUGAAUCCAAAGAUAUCAGAUCGAGCUCAAACGAAAUUUUUCUCGUUUAUGAAUCCACUUGCCAUUGAAAUAUGGGUAUAUAUAGCAUUUGGAUACAUUCUUGUAUCCAUUUGCAUUUGGAUAGUGGCUCGUUUAUCACCUGUGGAAUGGGUUAAUUCAAAGCCGCCCUGCUCUAUGGCCUGCGACCAUAUAAUACACAAGAUUCGCAAAACACAUUAUAAUGAAGACCACUUGGAACUAACUUACUUGCCCAGCAUCAAGGAGCGGAAUAAUGGACACACUGAAAUGAGCCAUGAUCAAAGGCGGAAUGCCUCCCUAAAAUCAGACCAAGAGGAAAAUGUAGUGUUCGAUUUAGAUGAGAAAGCGCAAGCAGAAUUUGUUGAUGCCAAGGAAGUUGGUUUUGAUGAAGUCACAUCAGAUUGCGAUUCUGAAACCGUGGAAUUAAUAAGCAUACAAAACGAUUUCACUUUAAAGAAUAGUUUUUGGUUUGCUAUUGGGGCUUUGAUGCAGCAAGGGUCCGACCUAUAUCCCAGGGCAACGUCUACUCGAAUUGUUGGCGGCUGUUGGUUCUUCUUCUGUCUAAUUAUAAUAUCAUCGUACACUGCCAAUCUGGCUGCAUUUUUAACCGUAGAACGAAUGAUUUCCCCCAUUGAAAGCGCGUCCGAUUUGGCUGAACAGACAGAGAUUUCCUAUGGAACUUUAGAGGGAGGCUCUACAAUGACAUUUUUUAGGGAUUCCAAAAUUGGGAUAUAUCAAAAAAUGUGGCGGUACAUGGAGAAUCGAAAGUCCAAUGUGUUUGUUAAAACUUACGAAGAUGGCAUAAAACGGGUGAUGGAAGGCAACUACGCUUUUCUUAUGGAAUCGACCAUGCUAGACUACGCAGUUCAGCGGGAUUGUAAUCUAACCCAAAUAGGUGGCCUUCUGGACUCUAAGGGUUAUGGUAUUGCUACACCUAAGGGAUCAAUUUGGAGGGACAAAAUAAGCUUGGCCAUCUUGGAGCUACAAGAAAAAGGCAUUAUUCAGAUACUUUACGACAAGUGGUGGAAAAAUACUGGCGACGUUUGUAACAGAGAUGACAAAAGCAAGGAGUCUAAAGCUAAUGCUUUAGGCGUUGAAAACAUCGGUGGCGUGUUUGUUGUUCUUCUGUGCGGACUAGCGCUUGCCGUAGUUGUGGCAAUCUUUGAGUUUUGUUGGAACUCCAAGAAAAACCUCCACACCGAAAACCAAUCACUGUGUUCGGAAAUGGCUGAGGAACUGCGCUUUGCUAUGCACUGCCAUGGAUCAAAAUCGAAGCAAAGACCGGCACUGAAACGUAAUUGCUUGAAAUGUGCUACUGGAUCCACUUAUGUGCCUACCACCUUGGGUGUACCAAACGUCGGAGUGCAUUACAACUAUUUCAAUUGAUCCGAACCAAAAUCAUUAUUUAAAUGUGUAUUUUUAUAUUAUCCAAUUCAAAAAUGCAAAUUUAAGGGUUAAUGUAAGUAGGAAUGAUUGGUUUGUUAAAGUAAAAUAAAUGUAUGUACUAUA